AUGUCGACUUCGACUGGCGAAGCCCCUGGCGCCGCAGCCAACGACUCUGGGUCUCAGGGAGGUACCGACAAUAGUCCAACUGCCGAUACGAGCCCGCCGGCCGCACCUCAAAAUCAGAAUAAUGGCAACGUUCCCAGGCCGAAGCGGCUCGCGUGUAUGAUAUGUCGAAAACGCAAACUCAGAUGCGACGGCGUAAAGCCGAGUUGUAGCACAUGCACGAGGUUAGGACACGCUUGCGCUUACGAUGAAGUGAGACGAAAGAGUGGUCCUAAAAGGGGAUAUGUGAAGGCUUUAGAAGAGAGACUGAAACAAGUCGAAACGCUCCUAAAUAAAACCCAAGAGCCGUCUUUUACCGUCGGGGUUGAUACGGGCAAAACGCCAAACGCCACCUUCGAACAGCCGAAUCGCAACCAACGAACCGCUCCUACGCCAAAUUUCAAUAUCCCAAAUCCUCAAAUAAACAUCUCAAGGGAUCGUGAUAUGGACCAAUGGAAUUUCAAUGCCGAGUCACCACAACCCACCGCCGGCUUAGAUGAUUUUAAUUUUGGCGGGAACUUGAACAUGGGCGGUAUGGACAGCAGUUUUACGUGGGAGAUGAUUGGUCUUGGAUUGGAGGAACCUCUCCCGCCGCAGGAGACGAUCGACGAACUGCAUCAAAUAUACUUCGAUAAGAUCCAUUCAUCAUUGCCUAUGAUUCAUAAAUUCCGGUACCUAGCAGCAAUGAACUUGGCUCCUAACCAACGACCUCCCGUUGCACUGCGAUAUGCGAUCUGGACCCAGGCCUGUGCGGUAGCAGACAAAUACGCGGAUUUAAAAGACCUCUUUUACCAACGUGCUCGUAAGUAUAUUGAGGCGGAUUACGUCAAAGGCUAUGGUGAGCACAUGAUUUCAGUAGCUCAUGCUCAAACGCAUGUGCUGCUUGCCUCAUAUGAAUUCAAGAUGAUGUACUUCCCAAGAGCAUGGAUGAGCACAGGCGCUGCUGUGCGCCUAUGCCAGAUGAUUGGACUGCACAGACUUGACGGAACGGGCCUUGAUGUGAAGCAAUGUCUUCCGCCUCCUCGCGACUGGACGGAGCGUGAAGAGAGGCGAAGGACCUUUUGGAUGGCCUUCUCGCAGGAUCGGUAUGCUAGUAUCGGUACCGGAUGGCCCAUGACGGUCGAUGAGCGAGAUAUCAUGACCAAUUUGCCAUCUUCAGAGGAAGCGUUCGAAAUGAGUCGAGCGGAACAGACGCAAUCGCUUGCGGACUCAAUGUGCCCAGCUGGAGCCGCCAAGCUUUCAUCCUUUGGAGGUAUAGUAUUGAUGGCCUGUUUGUUUGGCCGCAAUCUCGUCCAUCUUCAUCGGCCAGAUGCCGACGAUCGCGACCACGAUCUUAACGGGGAGUUCUGGAAGCGCCAUAGAAACAUGGACAACAUUUUGCUAAAUACGUCCCUCUGUCUACCAGACCACCUAAAACUUCCUUCCGGGCUUUCUAAUCCCAAUAUCGUAUUUACUAACAUGAACAUCCAUACUUCGACGAUAUGUCUUCACCAAGCGGCUAUCUUUAAGGCAGACCGGAAUAAACUCCCACCGUCUGUUAGUGCGGAAAGCAAACAAUCGCAUCACUUUCGUGUCCCAACCCUUUCAUCGCAUACGAACCUCGAUCUAUCCACUCUCGAUCCUACCGAUCCCGUUUUCCAACAACACCUCCAACGUCUACAAGUCGUACCCGCUAUCCCCGUCGUCCCAGGUGACUAUACUUCGCAUGUCCAAGAUAGUUUCGAUAAUGAGCCAAAUGCGGCUCAUAUGCUCCAGCGCUCCCAUAACGAAACGACUUCCGACAUCCACCGAACUCCACAUCAACACCAUGCCUCUCUCCCUCCAUCGUCGCACUCGGCGCCGCCUGCCUCUAGUCAAUUCGGCAUCCUAACGCACAAUGGCAUGUCUCCAACUGCUAUUCCCCAGCUUCAACAAGAUGAGGACAUGUUCAUCCAAUCGGCGCAAGUCAAUUCCUCAGCAGCCGAAUCCUCUGAGCCGAGACCCCAUGGCCAAUUGGUCAAUAGGAUAGUCGUUGACCCACCUGAUCUUCAAGCUUGGCGCGAGAAGCUAUUUAACGUCGACGAUACGAUUAUCUUAACCAAUGACCAAUUCGAGACGUACUUCCCCCAUAUCGAUAAUGUUUACUCACAUCGUUCCACCCAAAAGUACAAGCGCAAGCCCUUUAUAUCGCACUACUGGGAUUGCCGAAUGAAGGGACGACCACCGGGAACGCCCAAAUCAGAUGACCCUUCCAAGAAGAAGCGCAAGCGGAGCGCGCGCGAGAGGGAUCUAUGCGAUGUUAAAAUCAAGAUUACCGAAUACUUUCCGGGAGCGACGAUCCUACCCGGUGACGGAGACUCGAGCCUCAAUUUAGCUGCGCCGAGUGUUUACCAAUCUCCACAACAGCCAAUGUUUAACGACGGUCUACCACAGCCUAUGGAUGCUCAUCUCAACGGAGAGAAAUUUUGGACAAUACAAAGAGUCAAUGGCAAUGGCGGGAACGGUAAGGGCGACGGCGUCGCUGGUCCUCACAAGCAUAGCCUAGAGAAGAGCGAUGAGAUCAAGAAGUCAACCGUACAGAGAUAUAUUACCUCGCAAGAAAAAGAAGCAAAGAAGAUUCAGAAGCCUUUACCUAGGAGGAUGUCAGGAGCUGCACUUGCAACCGCGAAAAAGCACUUGAAGGAGCACGAAUUGAAACUCUAUGCUGCUUGCUUUUGCCCCUUUUCACAGAGAGUAUGGAUUGCUCUGGAAGCGAAGGGUAUGCAAUAUCAAUAUUGCGAGACAGACCCAUUCAAACGCCCAACCCAGCUGCUAGAAGCAAAUCCACGAGGCCUAGUUCCAGCUAUUCGUGAAGGCGACUGGGCCAGCGGUGAGAGUGCCAUCAUCUUAGAAUACCUUGAGGAUCAUAACCAAACGGUACCCCUCUCUCCCACAGACCCCAGAUUAAAGGCAAACUGUAGACUAUGGAUCGACCAUAUCAAUGCAAGGAUAGUUCCGGCUUUCUUCGCUCUCGCGAGGGCUACCGAUUUCACAAAGCAGUCGGAAUACGCUGAGAGGCUCCGGAGUGAGAUAACAGCCCUUGUUCAAGCUGCUAACGACAGGGGGCCAUACUUCCUCGGAGAAGAUCUAUGCCUUGUAGACAUCCAUUUUGCUCCCUUCGUCCUUCGGAUGUCCCGCAUACUCCGAGAGCUCCGUAACUGGGGCGAUCCCGUGCCGGGAACACGUUGGCAACAGUGGACUGAGGCCCUCGAACAAAACCCACAUGUUCAGGCUACGACUAGCCAGAAGGAGCUCUAUAUCGAGACCUUGGACCUCUUCCUUAAUAGCCGUCAACCCCACGGCGAUCACUUCGGAUCGUAA